CAUGGCGCCGCCCAUCGAAAGUCCCACGUUGCCGGCCCGGAAGAAGCUGCGCUGUUCGCCGUCAUGGCUGCUCGCCAUAACAACAAGCUGCCGUUCAACCUGCCGCAGUUGCAGAACUUGAUCAAGCGGGACCCGCCGUCUUAUACCGAGGAGUUCCUUCAACAGUAUCGCCAUUAUAAGUCCAAUGUGGAAAUAUUCAAGCUUCAGCCAGCAAAGCCCAGUAAAGAACUGGGUGAAUUGGUGAUGUUUUUGGCCCAGGUUGCCCAUUGCUACUCUGAAUACCUAGAAGACUUUCCGCAACAGUUGAAGGAAUUGUUGUCCUAUAGUCAUACAGUCUUGGAUCCAGAUCUUCGGAUGACGUUUUGCAGAGCGCUGAUCUUGCUACGCAACAAGAACCUGAUCAAUCCCACAAGCUUGUUGGAACUCUUCUUUGAGCUCCUCCGUUGCCAUGAUAAAUUUUUACGAAAAACAUUAUACACUCACAUCGUUACCGACAUCAAGAACGUCAAUGCCAAACACAAGAACAACAGAAUGAACACUAUGCUUCAGAGUUUCAUGUACACAAUGCUGCAAGACAGCAACCCAACUGCAGCCAAGAUUUCACUGGAUGUGAUGAUUGAGCUGUACAGAAGAAAUAUCUGGAACGAUGCCAGAACUGUGAAUGUCAUAACGCUGGCUUGUUUUUCCAAAGUCACCAAGAUCCAAGUUGCUGGCUUGACGUUUUUCCUCGGGAAGGAGAAAGAUGAAAAGAAAGACAGUGACUCAGAAUCGGAGGAUGACGGCCCCUCAGCAAGAGACUUGAUGGUGCGGUAUGCCACGGGAAAGAAAACGACAAAGAACAAGAAGAAACUAGAAAAAGCUAUGCGAGUUUUAAAAAAACACAAGAAAAAGAAGAAACCGGAAGUGUUCAAUUUUUCAGCAAUUCAUUUAAUCCACGAUCCCCAAGACUUUGCUGAGAAGCUGUUAAAGCAGCUGGAAUCCUCAAAGGAGAGGUUUGAAGUGAAGAUGAUGCUGAUGGAUCUCAUUUCGAGGCUGGUGGGGAUUCACGAGCUUUUCCUCUUCAACUUUUACCCUUUUAUACAACGAUUUCUGCAGCCCCACCAAAGAGAAGUUACCAAGAUUCUUCUUUUUGCUGCCCAAGCAUCUCACCAGCUUGUCCCACCAGAGACUAUGCAGCCAGUCCUCAUGACAAUAGCCAACAACUUUGUCACAGACAAAAACUCUGGGGAAGUCAUGACUGUUGGGAUCAAUGCUAUUAAAGAAAUAUCUGCUCGGUGCCCUCUGGCUAUGACGGUUGAUUUGCUUCAAGACUUGGUUCAAUACAAAUCUCAUAAAAACAAAACAUUUUUGAGAGCUUCACUGUUGCCCUAUUAUUUGUUUUCCACUCAGAGUCAGCUUGUAGAGGAGGCGGAGAAGAUCGAAAGCCUGCCUGCGGAGGAACGGAAGGCCAAGGCCACGGCCGUCAGCAGCGGCCGCCUUCUCACUCAAGAAGACUUCCAGAAAAUCCGGCUGGCUCAGCUGAGCAAGGAACUCAAAUCUGCGCCUGGCAAGGCAGCCAAGAGGAAGAACGUAGAAAUAGACAGUGAAGAAGAAUCGAGGGGGGAGCUGCUCUCACUUAGAGACAUCGAGCACCUCCAUAAAAAGCCUCGGUCUGAUAAAGAGACAAGAUUAGCCACCGCAAAGGCUGGCAAGACCGACAGAAAAGAGUUUGUGAAAAGGAGAACAAAGCUCAACCCUUUCGCCAGCUCCACCAACAAAGAGAAGAAGAAGCAGAAGAAUUUCAUGAUGAUGCGAUACAGCCACAACGUCCGGACGAAAAAUAAGCGUUCUUUUCGGGAGAAGCAGCUGGCUCUACGGGACGCCCUUUUGAGGCAGAAAAAAAGACUCACCAAAUAACCACAGCAUGGCAGAGGAUAUAAAUGUCAGAAAUUACAGUUUGAAAAGCCAAAACUAAGAGGACCGGAGAAAGAUAGCUGAAAAUGGUGAACUAAAGCCAUACACCGAUUUCAUUCACAAGACAAUUUAAAGAAGACUUCUCUAUACAUUAUGUGCAUAAGAAAAAAAAUAUUAAUGACAUUCAGCUCUUUCUCUCAGCUCAUGAUGGAAGAAAAGUUCUUUUGAAAAUGAAGGUGGAAAAAAAGUACGAUGCUAAAAGGCAACGAUUUGUGUUCCGGACUUCAUAAUCCAAUCCAAAUCCUAUGAAUUGCAAAGGGAUUGUUUUACAAGGAAAUGGUGCUUCAGAACUGCAUCAGCCUGCAAAUUUAUAUAUAUGGGGAAAGAACGUAGCUUCUACAUGAUUGUGAAACAUGGUUUUAAAUAUAUUUUAAAAUAAAC